AUGACCGCCGCUGCUAGCUCCUCUUCCACCAACAUCUACACUUCUCCCCAUCCACCCCUCGAUCUGCCCCGCGUGACGCUGCCCACGUUUCUCUUUGCUCCGCUACACUCGACCAACACAUCUGCAUUCACCACCACCACCACCACCACCCCAUCCUCCCCGCGUCUGAACAAACCCAUCCUGCAUCCACCUCCCUCCGAGUCCACCGUAUCCACUCGAUCUCGAGCGACGCCUUUAUCGCUUGCGCAGGUACGGGACCAAGCUUAUGCGCUCGCUGCUGGACUGCUGGAUGAAAAAGUUGCCCAGUCGUUUGGCUUAAAGGAAGGAUUGAGCAAGGGCGAUACCGUUGCAUUGUUCAGCGCAAAUCAGGUCCGUCCUUGAUGAACCCCGCAUGUAGACUCGUAGCCGCAGAAGCAAGUCUGACACGCCAUCUCGCCCCCAAUCUUCCCGCAAGCAUGAUUAUCUCGUUGUAGUCCUCGCCUUGCAACUCCUCGGGUGCAUCCCCGCGCUAUGCAAUCCCAGCUACACUUCCUCUGAGCUCUCUCAUCAGAUCCGCAUGAUUCGCUCCAACCUCAUCGUCAGCACCAACACGAGCAGCGGAGACAAGCCCAGCGCCUUUUCCCAAGCUCAAAGGGCUGCUCGAUUGGCAGCUUCGCAAUCGGACGAUGAAUUCGAGAAGCUGAAGAGCGAGCCGGUUGUGCUUGCGUGGGAAGAGGGCCGGGGAAGCUGGCACGAGAUCGCCGAGAAGGGCACCGAGCUGGGUGAAGCUGGCAGAGCAAAGGUCGAGGAGAGAAGCAGAGCUGUGCGCAUACACGAUACAGCUGUGCUGUGUUUCAGGUGAGUCCGUCCCCAGCACGUUCGCCAUCCUUGCUUGAUUGUGCGAUGUUGAAAAUGUCAUCCUCCACCAUCCCCCACUCGCGCACAUCGCACCUCGCAUCCAGCUCUGGAACAUCAGGCAAACCAAAAGGAGUCUGCUUGACGCACGAAAACUUGGUCAGCAAUACGAUUCAAGCUACCUACCUGCUGCAUGAUCGGAUGAACGAGCCGCUCAUAUCGCGCUGGUCAGAUGACUCUUCUGCCUUCGAAGCGCGUUCGCAGACAGGGUGGUACGACACGGCUCACGAGCACGAGGCUGAUACGCGAAAGAAGAAUAAGCGCAAGAGUCUGGGAGAGAAGCUCAAAAGUGUGCUCAGUCUCACAAAGAAGAGCGGGAGCGCACAGGAUGCGAAUGGCGAGUUCCAUCAGGAUGUCUUGCCACAAUUUCACUGCUACGGUCUGCUCGUCAACCUCGUCGCUUUGCACACCGUGAGCCGCAUCUCGCGUCGCCGACUCCCAAAGCAGCAGCAAUGAUGGCACGCCAGCUGAUGUAUCUGAUCCUCAUCUCCUCCAGGCGACGCCUCGAGUCAUUCUGCCCCGCUUCGAUUUGCACACUUUCCUCUCGGUGACGCAACAAAAGCAAGUCACAUUCGCCUUUGUCGUACCUCCCAUCUUGUUGGCCUUGGCAAAAUCGCCGAUAGUGGAAGAGUACGAUGUGAAGAGCCUUUGGAGGGUCGCUUCGGGAGCUGCGAGCUUGCCCGACGAGCUCGUCAGCAAGGUGCACAAGCGAUUAGGACUCAUUUGCACAGAUGGUGAGUGCAGACGUACCAGGUUCUGAGGCACCAGCAGCUCACCUGCCAUUUGCUUUCUCGCUCGUUGCUCGCUAGGCUACGGUAUGACAGAGAGUAAGUGCAAGCCUUGCAUUUCUCGCAGUGGUCCAUGUCUCACCGUCGCUUCUUGCUUCUGAGUCGCAGUGAGCCCAAUCAUCGCCAUGCAGACCCUUUCCGAUGUCGAGGCAGCUCCUGGAUCUAUCGGCGUAUUGGCGCCCAACACGCGCGCAAUCUUACUCGACGUCAAUUCCGGCAGGGAGCUUUCGUCAUCUAGCGACGCCUUGGCAUCGUCAUCCGAAGCGGCAGGCGAAGGGCAGGGUCAAGAAGGAGAGCUACUUUUGCACGGUCCUCAGAUGAUGGCUGGCUACCUUCACAACGACAAGGCCAACGAAGAAGCAUUCGUGAUCCGCAAGAACGACGAGGGAGAAGAGGAACGAUGGUUGAGGACAGGCGAUGUGGUUAGGAUAGAUCAGCGCGGUUAUGUAUUCAUCAAGGACAGGACAAAGGACGUGAUCAAAGCAAAGGGUUUCCAAGUCUCUCCUGCUGAACUAGAAGGUGAAUACACAAGAUUGCAAAUGCCCGCUCUGAUGUGCACGAGCUGAUAGUCUUCCUCGCCAUCGCUUGCGAAAAGCCAUCUUGUUCCGCGACGACAACAUCGCGGAUUGCGCAGUGGUCGGUGUGACCGAUUCGGACGGCUCAGAAACUCCAUGGGCAUUCAUAGUUCGUCGAUCGGACGCUUCAUCGCCCAGCGCUUCUUCUGCCCCUUCCCCCUCCACCGAAAGACCCCCUGCGACGAGGGACGACGAAGAUGCCGAAGAGCAGGAGAAGAAGGAAAUUCUCAAGAUGGUAAAUCAGGAAGUCGCCGGCUAUAAGCGCAUCAAGGGCGUCUCGUUCGUCAAAGAGAUACCUAAAAGUCAGGCUGGCAAGGUGCUCAAAAAGGACCUCAGAGGUCUGGUCAAGAUCUGA